CUGGGCUCGGCAUUCUUUCGAGGAGAUGGCUCUUGUGAUGUCUCCUGCUCGUUCCGUCAACUCUCCCAUGUCCGGGGAGAAGGCGGUGGAGGUUGAGCGGACCAGAGGCUGUGUCGGUAUUCCCGAGACGACACCGUGCGGCAGCAGCGCUUCUGGAGGCGGAGGGAGGCGAUCGAAGCCCGCAAGCUCAAGCCAGAGCCCUGUUUCACCUGCCAAGUCGCCUAAGCAGCAAAUCUGGAGACAGAAGAGGAGUCCCGGAUCGGACGGCAAUUCCACAUCAGCAGCGAGUUCAUCUAAUGGCCUGUCAGCAGCACGCCUGUCGUCCCCACCGUCAUCAUCUGUUGUCGAUGAAGACAAAUCAGGAGCGAGUCCCUCUGCGGUGACUACUCCCCCCUCUCGCAAGGGAGGGAGGAAGAAGAAUAAUGGGCCCGUUCGUGCUCUGGAUAUGGACGGUAGUCUCGACGAGCGUGCGGUUGCAGUGCCCGUAACCAAGGAUGCGCAAGUGCAAAACAAGGCGUCGAGAUCGGCUCCCUCGAAGCGCGCUGAAGAUGCAAGCGAUGUCAGAAGCAAUGGCAUGAUUGGUGUAAGCAAGCACAGACCAUCUCGGGGCCAGGAAAAUGCUCCGUCGAUGUGCUCUGCUGGGUCCAUUCCUGCUGCAGGAGAAGAUGGUUGGCUUGGGGGGAAAGAAGAGAGUCAUGUGGCGUCAGGAGGUGGUGAUGAUGGGGCAUUGUCUUCAGUGAGGCGGAGCGAGAUGGGUGAAAAGGAGGAUAAAGCCAAGUUGGCGUGGCGAGCCAGAGCGCCGUCCUCUGCCGAAGCUUGUUGCAAGGGGAGCAUGGAUGGUCGAGGCGACUCAGCGGAAGGUAUGUUGACGCCUCCUUCCCUUAAGCUUGCGGGAAGCGAUGGUUCUGGACAGCGGCGGACGGGCAUUGACACUUCUUCCACCUCCCAGGACGGUGGGAGCGGCGGCAACGGAGGCCCGCUCGUGAACAAGAUUAAGGCAGUGGCUCGGGGUCAUCGAAGGAGUGUGAGCAGUAGUAGUGCUGCGGAUCUUCGGGAUUUUUUCGCAGCCCCGUCUCCGAGGGAGUGGUCAUCGGACGAGCGGUCUCGUGAUAGCCGUGAGAAGAUGGGAGUUGCUCAACAGAGGCAGUCGAUCGCACGGCAACAACCACUGCAACUACAGCAGCAUAAUAUCAUGCGGGAGCCGCCGUUGGAAGAGCCAAAGCAGAAAAGUGUGUCUCGUUUCCAUCCGAUCAACUCUUCCGCGCUCAGCGAUGGCGGUAAGAACGCCAUGCUGCCGAACGCGUCCGCGACUGCUUCUGUCGGAGCAAACGGGCGCGGAGUAGGAGGUGGAGUGGGUGACGCCGAUCCAUGCGAGGGACAGAAAGGUGAUUGGAGAAGUGGGAAGGGGCAACACCAACUCCUAUUGCAGCAGCGGCGGGGGGGAUCUCGGCACGCGCGUUCUGCGACAUGGGAUGGCCAAAAUCUGAGUCCUCAUUUGAUGGAGAUCGCCGGUGGUGGCAGCUGGCGGAGCAAUUCUCCUCAACUGCGACCCAAUUGGGAGUCCGGAGGUCGGGAGGCUUCUGCCUUGGACUCUGAGGGGGGAAGAGCGAAUCUGGCGGGCAUGACUUCACGGAGCCUCGCAGCUGGCUUUGAAAGUGCGCGGGGUAGCCCUCGUGGCAGCCCUCGUGACAGCCCUCUUGUCAGCCCUCUUGUCAGCCCUCUUGUCAGCCCUCGUGUCAGCCCUCGUGUCAGCCCUCGUGUCAGUCCUCAUGCAAGCCCACGUGGCAGCCCUCGCGCUCCUGACAACCCUCGCUUUCUCGACGGGCCGCGCACUCGUGAUAAUCCGCGUGACAGCGCGCUCGCGCAAGGGACACAGAACGAGUAUCGAAGGCAGCGAGGGCAUUUCAGGAACCUCAGUUGGACGCAAGAUUCUCUCGAUCACGGAGUCAACUUCCUUCCGCAGAAGCCGUUGCAGCAUGAGCGAGGGGGUUACCAGCACAGGCGAAUGGGAUGGGGUCAGGAGAGCAACUGGCAGCGGGAGCAGGGGAGUUAUCUGAAGGAAAAUCGCCGCAGCGAAAGCGGGACAUCGACGUGGCGAGGAGAUUCGACGGUGACUCCGUCGUCUUCUGUUUCCUCUUUUUCAUCCUUGUCCUCUGACAAAGCUUUGAAGAAGGAAUACGGUGCGAGAGGAGAGUGCUUCAGUGCUGAGCAGCAGCAGCAGCAGCAGCAGGAGGGAGAGGAGGAGAUUAACAAGUGUGGGCAGACGGAAGAAGCAAUGCUCGCCGAGGUCGACGGCGCCACUGCUACGAACAACGUUCGUCUUGAAGAGCGGCGAGGGAGGUCUCCCUGGCGGAAGCUAGAGAACAGUCUGCGAAAUGAGGCUGGUCUUGUCGAUGGAGAGACGUCGGAAAAGAGGGGAGAGCCACCGGAGAGCGAGCGGCAGGUCCCUCCUUGGGCAGCGGGGAAAGGAGGUGCACCGCCUGCGGGGGAGAGCUUUGCCAGGCUGAGACGGGCAAGGGCAAGGAGCGACUCCUUCGCCUGGGCCGACGGGUCGUGGAACAGGGGUGACGACUCCAGCAACUGGCGCCAGCAGAGCAGGGAGGACGGUGGGGAAGAAGACAGCGCGAACCGUCGGAGUAGGAGCCGAAAUACGAGCGCAGAAAGAGAUGAAGAAAGAGAGAGGAGGGAUGGAACACGUAACUACGACAAGAGCAGUAGCGGCGGCGGAGAUAAGAAAGGUUACAGAGGUCGGAGCAUUAGCAGGGAUGCAAAUCAUAACGAACGUUUUGAGAGGCGUCAGCAACUUCACGCUGGUUCUCUGGCUGCGAACGGGAUCGAGCGGGAAGGGGAAUGGUGGACUGCGGCUCGAAAGAAGCCGAUCGUAGGGUCGCCAUCCUCGCCGUUGAGGUCGCCAGGCAAGAACCAGAAGCUCUCUGGGCAGUUGUUGGCAUUCAGUAGGACGGUAGUGCCACAGCUGGUGCAGGAACUGGAAGACAAGUUGGUGUGUGGACUCGUCGAGUGUGUCAUUUGCUGCGAUUCGGUGACGCGGCGCACGCCGGUCUGGUCGUGCAACAGCUGCUAUGCAAUCGGGCACCUGUCGUGCAUCAAGAAGUGGGCCCGGAUCCCGAUUCCGCCGUUGUUAAGCACCUGUUGUUUGGCGCGCACUGCCGCCGUGUCUGAGAUGCUUGAAGAAGGUGACUACACUCCUCCGCGAACGUUGGCGAAGGGAAUGUGGUUUUGUGCGGUGUGCCGGGCCGUUCAGACUGUGCCAGCGGACGAGUUGAGCUGUAGGUGUUUUUGCGGCCAGGUGGAGGAUCCGUCAACCGAUUCAUCAACGGCUAUUGCGCCUCAUUCUUGCGGCAGGACCUGCAGAAAGCCGUUGGAUCGAACGAAGGAUGGAGCAUCAGCAGUUCAUGGCAAUCUGUUGCCCUCAGCAGCGGAGGUGGAUUCGUCAGGGAAGAGAGGUUACCGUUGCCCUCACGUCUGCACUCUGAAGUGUCAUCCUGGACCUCAUGCUACUUGCACCGCUCUGGCACCUCCGGUGCUAUGUUAUUGCCGAAAGAGUGAAAUCACCUGUAAAUGCGUAGAUUUUGGACGGCAAGAGAGGAGUUGCGGGGCGAUCUGCAUGCGCGAGAUGCCCUGCGGGCGUCAUAUAUGCCCUCGGGUCUGCCAUGACGGUCCGUGCGGUGCUUGCGAUGCGAAUGUCAAGGUGAGAUGCUUCUGUGGCAAACGGGAGGAGAUGUGGGCGUGCGGUCGCGUGGAGACUCGAAGAGAGGAACUGCUCUUGCCUGCCAUCGGAGGAAGGGGACUGUACUCGUGCCAGGAAAGGUGCCUGAAGCUUCUGGACUGUGGCAAGCACCGAUGCGAAAGCAUAUGUCAUGCAGGGCCUUGUGGAGACUGCAAGCUUCUGCCGGCGGUGUUGCGCAAUUGCCCUUGUGGCAAGGUGCAGAUAGAAGUGCUUCUUGGGGGAGCAGAGAGAAAGGGUUGUCUGGAUCCCGUGCCUACUUGUGGUGCUGAGUGUGGGAAGUUGCUGCCUUGUGGCGAACACAAUUGCAAACAGGUCUGCCAUACCGGUGCUUGCCCCCCAUGUGAAAUGCCGGUGGAACAGAGUUGUUGUUGUGGGUCGGUGGUCCGCAGUAUGCCGUGCUUCCAGUUUGGCCCGGCAUGUGGAAACGGACCUGCUGGAACAGACAUCGGGCGCAGUGGCGACAGCAGCCAAAACCGUGGAAAGACGAUCGGUGUUUUCACAUGUGACCGCAGGUGUGGGUUGUUGAAGAACUGUGGGAAGCACGUUUGCUCUAUGGUAUGUUGCGUCUCCGUUCAGCAGCAGACACAGGGGACCUUGUCAGCUCUCUCGGUGCCUGAUGUCGCAGCCGAUCCGGUACGGGUAAUGCGAGUAGAUCCUCAUGUUUGCUUGAUUGCAUGCAGCAAGAAGCUCCAGUGUGGCCGCCAUACGUGCCAGAAACUCUGUCACCCUGGAGACUGCCCACCGUGCAUGGAUUCCAUCGCAACAGAGCUCAAGUGCGCAUGUGGGAAAAGCGUGAUCCCUCCCCCGGUCCCAUGUGGAACUCCCUUGCCUGUGUGCUCUUUCGAAUGCCCUAAGCCCCAGCUGUGCGGUUGUCCUCCAAACCAUGCCUGCCAUUCCGGCGAUUGCCCGCCGUGUACGCUUGCAAGCCAUUGCCACCAGAGUCUUGAAAGGGAUGAACAACCUUGCAUUUCAGAGAAUCAUGCAGAAUCAGUACAGACUGAGGCCCGAGAGGAGUCGGCAACACGCACCGUGGCGGAGACCCUUGCAGGACAAGAGACCCCUAAACCGGCACAACUUGCUGGGCCUCAAGAGGUUUUGGAGGGUGCUAUUUCUGAGAACAGAGGGGUGAUCGUGGAGAGCUCGGGAGGAGAGCACGAUACUGAUGUGGUGCAGGAGCAGCAGGAGCAGCAGGAUUUGACUGAUGCAAUUCAUGUCACCUCCAACGGGUUGGUGACUCCGGUGGGCUUGGCACGACGUCCCAGCUUUAAGAAUGCGUUAUUGGGAAUUGACGACAACGGAAAUUGAGGGGGAGGGAGCAAUGGAAGGGUGAUGGUAGCAGGCUCAUCCUUGCCUUUGUAAGAAGGCAAGUGCGAGAUGAGUAGCUUUGCCACAUUUUGAC